UUUUAUUUAUUGGUGCUUUUUAAUAAAAUGUGUUCAUCAAAUUAUAUUUGGAUAAUUUUAAAAACAUAUGAUUUGUCUCAAUCGUCUCUGUCUAUUCCAAUUGGAUCUACAAACACUGUCUAUGCCAAAAUUUAGGAAUAAAUGGAUGCAUUCAUUUUACCACUUAUACAAAACAAAAAAUCAUUUCUUCACAAUGUUUUUUAUAAACCCAUACAGAAUCAAUCAUUGUACAAACUCUAGUAAUUGUCAAGAUAAAUGAUUUAAAAUGGGAACAUUGCAGUAUUUUUCUUAUUCAAAAAAACUUAAAUAAUUAGUCAAUUUUCAGACAUCUCUCAAAAUGCCUGAUCAUACUUUGUUGAGCCGAAAUUCUGAAGGAAGAUCUUCUGGUAGCAGUGUUGUCAGUAAUGGAAGUAUGCGCGUGGCUACCUUACCUGUGACAUCAAUUGAUGAUGGAAAAUCAAGGUUUCCAAAAUUAGAAGAAUGUGCUCAUUUUCAUUAUGAACAUGUUGAACUUGGACCAUUAAAAUUUGAUUUGAUUGAAGAAGAUGAACAAAAAUUUGGAAAUGUGGAUAAUGACAAUGAUUUUUGGUUAACUAUUAAAGUAGAAUCACAAAACACAGUUUGGGUUUUAAGGCGAUCAUAUGAAAAUGCAAGAACUCUUGAUUAUCAAUUGCACAAAUGUGUUUAUGAUAGAAAGUUCAGUCUACUUCCAGAACUUCAGCCUGUACCAAGUGAUUGUGAAAAUCCUAAUGAAUAUUUAAAAGACUUGAUUAGUAAAUAUUGCAAAAGAUUAUCUGAAAUAGCUAUGGGAAGUUUAAUUAAUUGUGGACCUAUUCUUAGCUGGUUAGAAUUAGAUAAUCGAGGUCAUCAUCUUCUAGUUGCUGAUGGAGAUCAUUGUGCGAUAAACACCCCUGCUGUUGCUGCAGCUUAUUCAGUCAGAAAAUAUACUGCACAUGCUUCUGAUGAAAUUUCAUUUGAUAUUGGUGAUAUAAUUUCUGUUAUUGAUAUGCCAUCACCUGAGGAAAGUGUUUGGUGGAGAGGCAAACAUGGUUUUCUAGUUGGAUUUUUCCCAUCUAGCUGUGUAGCUGUUAUAACAGACAAAGUUCCAAGAAAUCUAUAUAUAAAUCCUCAAAUGCUUUUUCUUUCUGAACCAACAAAACCCGUAUUAAGAAAACAUGGUAAACUGAUAUCAUUUUUUCGGUCUUUUAUAUUAUCAAGACCAACACGAAGAACAUUAAAACAAUCUGGAAUAUUAAAAGAAAGGGUAUUCGGUUGUGAUCUGGGUGAACAUCUUUUAAAUUCUGGAAGAGAUUUGCCAGAUGUGUUAACUAGCUGUGCUGAGUUUAUAGAAAAAUUUGGAAUUGUUGAUGGAAUAUAUAGACUUUCUGGUGUUACAUCUAAUAUUCAAAGAUUGAGGUCUACAUUUGAUGAAGAUAGAGUACCAGCAUUGUGGGAAGACGAAUCAAUAAGACAGGAUAUACAUAGUGUGGCCUCAUUGUUAAAAUUAUAUUUUAGAGAACUCCCCAAUCCAUUAUGCACUUAUCAACUUUAUGAUUCGUUUGUAAAUGCUGUACAAUCAGUACCUGAGAAAACUACUGAAGUCAGAUUACAGCUUAUGAGAGAAACAGUUCAAAAAUUACCACCACCUCAUUUUAGAACGUUAGAAUACUUGAUGAAACAUUUAUCUCGUGUGGCUGCUCUUGGUGAACAAACAGGCAUGACAGCAAGAAAUGUUGCAAUCGUUUGGGCACCUAAUUUGUUAAGGAGUAAACAACUAGAAAAUGGUAGUGGUGUUGCUGCUUUACAUGGUGUUGGUAUUCAAGCUGUGGUAACUGAAUUUUUAAUUCGGUAUACAGACUAUAUUUUUAGCCCUAUUCCUAAUGUUGGAGCAAAAUUACCACCUACCAAAGGUACCCCCAAAAAAUCUCGACCUAAAUCUUUAGCAAUAUCUACUCAAACAAAACUUUUAACUCUUGAAGAAGCUCAAAAUCGUGUUCUAACUUUUGCAAAAAGAAAUGAUCCUAAUUAUAUUGAAGUUGGCGGGGGUCCUUCUUGUUUACCUGAAAAAUAUCAUACUGUAAUUGAUUUACCAUCAAGAAGAUGUAAUACUAACAAAAGACGUUCACCAUUAAGAUGGAAAUCAUUAUUUACCCGAGGUGGAAGUAGUAUUUCACUUGGAGUUCUACCACUUCGUAAAAAAUCUGAACCAAAUUUAACUCCUAAAUAUAUGGACUCAAAAGAAUGUGUACGUCAGAGUAUAACUGAAGGUAUGAAUGUUCAAGAUACACCUAAGUCUUCAAAGUCAGUUAGUGAAACAAUGUCUUUGAGAGAAAUUAAAGGGACACCUCCAUGUUCUCCUCCUGGCUUCUGUGGUUCCAGCUCAAUUGGUCAUAAUCGUUCUGUGUCCCAUGAUUCUUAUUUUGAUCAACUUGCUGAUCAAGAAGAUAUGGGAACAUCACCUAUUCUUCACCCAAGUCAAGAAGAUUUAAGUGAUUUGCAAGUUAACUUUGAUUUAGAUGAGUCUGAUAUGAGAGUAUUUUCUGAUGAAGAUACUAAUCAUAUUUUUAGUAAUCGUUCAAGCAUGGAAAAUUUACAAAAUGUGGCUCCUAAUAAUUUGAAUAGUAGCGCUAAACGUUUACCAAUAUUAGCACAUGCAGAAGAUUCAUUAAGUGCAGAUCCAUCACCAAAGAAAAUAAAAACCAAUGAUUCAAGUAAAGAAAAUGAUCAUACAAAAAAUAAUAGGUUAUCAUAUUUAGAAGAACGAUUUGCUUCACCUGAUAUUCGAUUCAUUGAUAGUCAAUCUCCAGAACAUAUGACUGUUGCUGCAGACAUACAUACAGAAAGUGAUCAAAUUAUGACAGAUGUUGAAAGUAAUGAAACUGGUACAGGUUCAUUGUCUACAAUUACCACACCUACUCUAUCAUAUUGUCCAUUAUCAGAAGAUAGUUAUAGUGACAAAAACACUACACCUGAUUACCAGACUAUCUUAAUUGACUUUUGUGUAUCAGAUGUUUUGACCAAAAACCUUCUAACUACACCUCGAAAUCGGUUAAGUUACCAAGGUGACUUAAGAAAUAAAAGUUUAUCUAAUGAUCGCCGUAGUUUUCAAGAAAUAAAAUUAAGAAAUGUUAGAGAUGAUAUUCUAUGCGAAUCUUUUAAUAACAAUAAAAUUGAAGAAAAGGUGAAAUCAGAUAUUUCUAUUUUAACCGAAUCCCUUAGUUCUCCUAAAAAAGCUGGAUCUAUGUAUGAAAUUGUUGUUGGUAACAAUUAUGAACGUUUGGGUCAAAAAAAUUCAAUUUUUCGUCAAGAUGAUUCUAGUUAUGAAGAAGUAAUGCCAUCCUGUAAAGGUUCUACUGAUUCGAUUGAUAACUUAAAUUUUGAAACAGAGAAAUCUGUUGAAAAUAUACAUUAUGAAAUAUUGGUUGUUACUAGUCCUGAAUCUUGUAAUUCCAGUCAACGUGAAAUAUCAAUUUCUUCACAGGAUAAAGUUGAGAAUGAGAAUUUAAAAAUAAAAGAAAUUAUAAAUAAUGAAAACAUAUUAGAUAAUGAUUAUUUAGUUUCGCCUUCAAAUGAAGAUACUGACAUGUUAAUACAAGAUGGACUUGAAACAACAAUUUUACCAAUUGAAAAUGUUAAGAAUAAUGAUAAUAUAACAAGUGGUGCAAACAGUUUAGUGACAUCUACUGAAGAAGUUCCUGAAAAUAAAGUAGAUUUAUUAUUAGACUCAAAUAGACGCAAAUUUGAAUCAGAAAUUGGAAGAGAUAUAGUACAUGAAAGGCGUAUGAGAAAAGAAUUGAUGGAGAAUUCAAGUUCUACUGGAAAUAAGGAAAAUAAAAAUAAAAAUCAUGAGUCAUUAAAUAAAUUUGAUUCCAAUAAAUCUCCUAAAAACAGUUCAACAUGGAUAAAAAAUAGAAGACUUCGUAACAAUUGUCAGCAUGUUACUAGUACAGUUUCAUUAGAUGCUUUUAAUUUUCCAAUUGAUAAUCAAAAUUUAGAACGUGUCAAUACAUCACCAAAUCUUAUAAGCUCAGUAAAUAGUUUUCAAAAAUCUGAUUCAUCUAAUGAUAUGGAUGCUACAAGACGUGAACGUAUUGACCGUUAUAAAGAAGAACGUAGGCAAGCUCUUCGUGAACGUUUUAAAAUAUCUGAAAGUGUUCAAUAUGAUGAUGAUAUAAUUAAACGUCUAAGAGCUAAGACAUUAAAAUCUCCAGAUGAAUGCACUGAAACGAAUAUAAACAAAUCCAUUAUACAACCAAAACAUUUAGUAAAGAUAAUUACUUAUGAUGAACGUGAUAAUUUAUCUAUAGAUCCUGAGCAAAAAGAAUGGUAUACACAAAGUUUAGAACGUAAAAAAUGUUCUAAAAAAGAAACUAAAGGUUUAGUAGCAUCAAGAGUAAAUCAGUUAACUGGAUAUAAAACUUCUUCUGAUGAAAUUAAUAAUAAAAAUACUUUAAAAACUAAAACAGAUAAACAGACUGCAAAUUCAAUUCGACAAAGAGCCCAUAGUACUAGUGAUAGACCACCUCAAUUUUGUAUAAAAGAUAUGGCGGCAUUCUUCGAACAAAAACAGUAAAAAGAAAAAUGUCAAUAUAUUUUAUUAGUUUAUUUAUAAAUUGAUUAUUUAUUAUCAGUAUAAAA